AUGGCUUCCAUCUUCCAGCCCUUUCCCGCCUUGAGGCGCGCUGCUCCGCGCCUCUCGCGCGAGUUCUUCACCUGCAGGGCCUGUGUCAAUCCCGCAAAGCCUGCCGUCCCGCCGCCGCUCCGCUCCCACCUCCGCCACGGUCCCGUCCUCCGCGCCGUGCGAUGGCAGUCCACCGUGAAGGGGCCUCAGUCACCGCUCGGUGCCCUGAGCGAGUCCAUUGGCUCCGGCCCAGGUCGGAAAGCCGCCGAGGCAGCCAAGAAGAGCAGAUUCCCGGAGGCCAACGACAAGAUUGUGGCAUAUUGGUUACUCGGCAGCGCUGCCAGCGUUUUCGGCAUUGUCGUCUUUGGAGGCUUGACUCGUCUCACCGAGUCUGGCCUUAGCAUCACCGAAUGGCGUCCUGUUACCGGCUCUCUCCCUCCCAUGUCCCAGGAAGACUGGGAGUCCGAAUUCACAAAGUACCGCGCCUCGCCCGAAUUCCACCUGCUCAACUCGCGCAUGACUCUCGACGAGUUCAAGAAAAUCUACUGGAUGGAAUGGGGACAUCGCCUGUGGGGCCGCGUUAUUGGCGUGACCUUCCUGCUGCCCACCAUGUACUUCAUUGCUCGGCGAAAGGUCACAAAGUCUAUGGCCUGGAAGCUCACUGCCAUCUGCGGCAUGAUCGGCUUCCAGGGCGUCAUCGGCUGGUGGAUGGUCGCUAGCGGACUAAAGGAUGACCUGUUCGCCCCCGGCAGCCACCCGCGCGUGUCCCAGUAUCGCCUGACUGCCCACCUUGGUGCUGCUUUCGUUGUCUACUGCUCCAUGCUCUUGACUGGUUUCUCUGUCCUUCGCGAACGCCGCUGGCUUGCUGAUCCCGCCGCCGCAGAGAAGGUUAUUAAUGCCCUGCAGCACCCGAACCUCCGCCCCUUCAGACGCUACGUCACGGCUCUCACUGGUCUUGUCUUCGUCACGGCCAUGUCCGGUGCGCUCGUCGCUGGUCUCGACGCUGGUCUCAUCUACAACGAGUUUCCUUGGAUGGGUCUGGGCCUCACGCCGCCGAAGAAGGAGCUUUUCGAUCCCUGGUACAGCCAUACCGCGGACAACUCCGACCUCUGGUGGCGCAACAUGCUCGAGAACCCGUCCCUCGUCCAGCUCGACCACCGCUGCCUGGCCACCACCACCUUCACCGCCGUCAUCGCCCUCUUCGCCUACACUCGUUUCCCCAAGCUGCGUGCCGUCCUUCCCCGCGACGUGAAGAAGGGCAUGACGGGCGUCACCCACAUGGCUUGGAUGCAGGUCGCUCUCGGCAUCGGUACUCUGAUCUACAUGGUGCCCACUCACCUCGCUGCCACCCAUCAAGCUGGUGCGCUCGCUCUGCUCACCACCACGGUGCUGCUGUGGAGUCGGAUGAGGGUCCCCGGCAAGCUUGCGCGCAUGGUUCGGGCGAGGUCCGGUGCUACCAGUGCGACCAGGCCACGGUCGCCCGUCUCUCCCGACCUGCAGAGCAAGCCUAUCGGCGGUACCGCUGGCACUAUUGAUCGCAGGACGUGA